CCGGGGGAAUGGCCGAUGGUGUGUGCAUCAUACCAAUCAUGCCAGGCAUGCAUGUAUAUCUUGCAGUCGUAUGUUUCAUUCUGUUCUUAUUUCGCAUCGUGGGCACAUCAUGGUGGUCUAUCUCGCUUUGGUGCCAGUUUUUGGCAGGUGCAUUAGCACCCGCACGGACCUCGGAUUGGCAUGCCCUUUUGUUUCAUUUUUUUCCGGUGCAGAGUUGUUUUUCGGUUUUCUGCUGCACUCCUGCCCCCCAGGAGGGUAGUUACACGGUCAAAACCGUAUCUGGUAGCUCCGUGGUGCGUGCGUGCGCGAGCAUGCGGUACCAGUGGCGUGCUGAUGAUGCUGAUGAUGAAGAUCGCCAUGUAUGGCUCGUCAUCAACCAUGAGUCUUUGGAUGAGCGCUAACUCUGGAUCUACUUCGCUUCUGAGGGAUGAUUCUUUUGUCUUCCCUUUUGGAGGACGCUUCCUCCCCUGUGUGCUGUUUGCAGCAGCCAAGCACGCAAAUGAAAGCACGGGGCGAUUAAGAAUAUAUGCGCAUUGGUGCGGCAUGUGCAAUAGCCCUCGCUGAAGCAGGCGCAACGGUCUGUCUUGUUGUUCGUCCG